AAUAACAAAUAUUUAAUUUACUCAGCGAACUGCAUAGCUUCUUAACCUUAGAAGCUAUUACAUUACAUUACAUUACCUCCCUAAGAUAUUUAUGGUAAUCGAAAGAAAAACACAAUCUUGCAACCUAGUUAAGCCCUUCGUUAGAUGGUGAAUUAAACGCAUGCCUGACUAAUCGGCCACAUGUGGCAUUGGAUAAUGCCUGGGAGUCAGCGAAUUCAGCGACUGCGAUUAGCAAUCCAUAUAUCAAUUGGAACCAGCAAGUAUCUAACCAUGUACGAGUAUAAUGGAGAACUAUCCAUUGUUGUCAUUCCGCAGGUCAGCUAAUUUGCUUUGGUAAUGAUCUUGGCAUUCGUUUGACUCUGCAGUUGGUUUCCCAUUUUCAAUUCACUGCAUUUCGUUUUUCAUUUAUGCUUUUUUAUUCUCUUUACCUACAGCAGCGAAAACUUGAUAUAACAUUUCCCAACGUUUUGAACUUUUGCAAUUGUUUGUGGCUAUUUAUGACUUUUAGUUGAUUUUGUAUAGGAGUAUAUAAGUAUUUUGGGUUGUUUGUAAAAACAUAUAAGUACUAGCUAUAAAUAAAAGCAGUUUAAGAGUAAACAAAGAAUAAUAGAUUAUAUAAUAAAUAAAGCUUGGAUAAUUGGACAAUAUUACUUGUUUCUUUAAUUCAAGAAUAUUUCUAAUUUAAGCAUUAUUUAUAAUAUAUUCCUAAUUUAAGCGUUAUUUGUAAUAUAUUUCGUAGAGUAUUAAAUUGUUUGCAAAUUUUGUUCUUAAGCCUGUGCUUUUCUCGCCUAGAUCAAGUUGAUUUAUUAUUAUCUCUGAUCGGUAUUGAGUACUCUAAAUAUUAAAGAGUAUCUCGAACUUUUAUCAAUGCAGUGGCAGCAUCGUUCUCAAUCGUUUUCAGCCAGUAAUUUAUGAGCGGCCAGUGAACUGAAAUGGCAAAUGGCAGCGCGAAGCUUACGAGUUUGACCAGUUUUGGGUGCCUGUGUGCCUCAGUGGGCCAUGGCUUAGCUUUUGCUUUGGGCCGCGAAUCGGAAAAGGUUUUCGAGACUUUUCAUGCGAGUGCGCGGCGAGCGAGCGGCUUCAGUCCACGUCCGCCACUGAUCGCAAAAUGACGCUCCCGGAGCUGAAACCCAAGUGGAUCCCCAUCCUGAUCGUUGCAAUGAUCCUGGGCCGCAGUCUGGCCAAUCCGCAGCGGUUCCUGGUGGCGGAGGAUCUGAUAACCGGCACGGGUGCGGCCACUGCCACGGGAACAGGAACCGGAAAUGGGGCAGAUACUCUGCAGAUCAGCGAUCCUUCGGAUCUCAGUGCUGGUUUAAAUUUGGCGCCCGUCGGCAGUCUGAUUGCCGCGGCGGCGAACGCCGUGCCCCCCGCCCCCAUUCAAUUUAUUCGCACGGCCAUGAACAGCGGGCUUUGACCGCCAGGUGGCGCUUACCUGGAUUCUUGCCCACCCCAAAAAUAAUUAUCUCUAAUUUUUAAACGCCUUUUUAAGCAACACUUUUAAUUACUUUGUUAAGCGGUCGGCUUUUGUUUUUUUGUUUUUUGUUUUGUCGUUUCUUUACUUUUUAAGUUGUUUUGUUUUUGUUUGCUGUUUUCGAGUGUGUUUGUGCUGAGCCAAGUGCUAUAAAUGACUUUAUAAUACUUGUUUUAUCUGGUUAUGACUUUUUUGGGGCGAUAAAAAACGUGCAAUCGGGGGACCUCAGCCUCAAAAGCUAAUUGUUAUCUGGAUCUGUUAUCGGGGAGCUCUCCAUUCUAUAUUUUUUUGUCUUCUGUUUUUAAUCUAUUUUGUUUUGAGCUUUUCAAUAACUAAAAACAAAGGGUGAAGUACAGUGAGUCUGACAAAAACCUUCACAAAAUUACAGCCAUAAAAAUCAAAGUUAAAUAUUAAAAGCCUUGGAAAAAUUUUAUUUUAAUGUUGGUACAGCAUUUUUUGACUAAUUUGAACUAAAAGAAAAACUUUUUUUGAAUACAAAAAAAAAUCAAGGAAAAUCAUUAUAGGUUUAUAAACAAUUUUUGUGUGUAGUGAUUUGUUUGAUGAAGUUUUGUUCGUAAUCAAUUCAAUAGAACCGAAACCAUUGUUAAAAGGUUAGCGUUUUUGUUCACGUAGGCUGUUUAAAACUUAACUACCUAUUGCAUUAUUUGGAAUAAAUACUUGGGCUUGUCCAGUGUAUGUGCGUCUUCUAAAAUAUGUGAUUUGGGCUUAUGCAUAUAAUUUGGAAUAUGCUAUUAUCUCGCUACACAACCUACAAUUUGUAGUUUAUGUAAGGCUUUAUGUUUACCCCUUGGGUUAUUUAUUAGGAAAUUAAUGAGUGAUUGAGUUGCAAACUACGCCCAAGUAACAAUGAACGAUGGCAUAUAUAUUUUAUUGGACACAAAAUAUGGUUAGUUCAUCUGGAAAGUGAUGGUAAUCGGAAAAAAUAUAUUGAUUGGAAUAAGAAUGUAGAACAAUUGACUCUGCAAGUGAGAUGAAGUAGGGAGAUGUGCCUCUUUCAGAACUGGAUUCUGAUACUCGAAUGAGUGCUGAUUCCGAUGGCGAUUUUGCUGCUCAUCGCGAUGAUCGACAAUGCACAUAGCAAAAAAGUAUGACUUGCAAUGAGGCCAUUAUAUGAUUUACUUCAUUUAAAGUACUACAUUUUUA